AACAGCUUUUCGAAGGUCGUCGAGUCAUUGAAGUGGGCUCGAAUUGGCUUAUAUGAGUACAGUCGCCAGCGCCGCGACCGACGACGGCGGCUGGGGAUGCGCCGCAGCGCGCUGCUGCAACGCGGCCAUGUGGCUGCUCGCCGGCGGCGAUGGGACCCGACUUGGACGCCGUGGUCGUCGCGAUGCAUCAUUCGACGGCCGAUGCGUCGAGACUAUACUCGUUUACGCGAAUAGCUCGUUGAGCGGACUGGUCGUGCAUUGCAGUGCACACGGUGCCUGACGCCAGGUGGCGGCUACUCACGCUCAUCGCAGCCACGAGCCAUGGCCACGCAGCGCUCACUUUUGCUUCUUCCAAUUGCUGCGAUGUACGCGCCCUCGCUCCUCGCCCUCACCGCGCUCGCGAGCUCGGUCGCCGCCCAGGUCGACUGCACCAACUACGUGGUGACGUCCAAGAGCUCGUACGACACGACCUGCGACGGCUCGCAGGGUUCGCACGCGUGGCCCGUCGGCGUCGACGCGAGCUACUGCCACGGCUGGUCGGCUUCGGACGCGUCCGGCAACACGCAAAAGUACUCGGCCACGAACCUCCGCUGUAGCGCCGAGAACGACAUGUUCCUCUACACGCAGCACGACGGCACGACCGACUGCAGCUCGGUCGGCAACAACAUCAAGCAGCUCAACUUUACGCUGAGCUGCGCCAAGGAUGUGGCGAACCUGUACCAGACGGGGCUGGACUUUAGCUGCUGCAACCAGCGCGCGGCGGCCUUUGAUAGCUGCAAGCGCGCGCAGCCCGUCGUUUCGUGGCCGACGUCGCAGCCGCUGAGCAAGUUUCAGACGUUCGCCAACGGCCAGCUCUGCGCCGGCAGCGCCGACGAUACCAACUCGACGACGGCGCCCAAGACCAAGUCGACGGUGACGACGACCAAGCCCGUCGCGACGACGGCGGCGGUGGCCACGGCGGCCCCCAACAGCGCCAGCCUCGCCUCGAUCGCCGUCUCGGUCACGGCCGUGGCUGCGGUCGCGGCGCUUCUAUAAUCCCGCGCCUUCCCACUAGCUACACUUAUCACUAAUACUACGUUUCUGCCUCCUCUACCGACAGCUCAAUUGGCCUGCUGCGCGCCUCGCAGCCGGUUGCUUUGGGAGGGUGGGAGGGUGUGGGACUCGGUCGUCGUCGACUUUGCCAUGCUCCAGUGAGCUGUUCUCGUGUUGGAUCGUUUCUAUUAGUGCAAUAUCACUAGAAAUAUUGUGCAAUAUUAGUACUGUAC